AUGAGUUCCGACAAGCAACCGUUUUUGAAUUACCCGCCUCCUCGCGAGGGUCCUUCAGUGCCCUACAAAAAUGAGACUCAGUCUAUUCCAAUCUUCCGAGGCAUACCCUUGGCAAUCGGCGCGACCUUGAUCCACAAUGUCAAUUUUAUUCAAAGCCACUUCUGGCGCAAUGCUGGCUUCGGCGUUAUUCGCGAAAUCCCGCAUCUUCAUCAAUACCCCGGCCGCUACGAUCCAACCGUGAUCCCCGUCGACAAUGGCUCCAACGAUACCGAGGCACCUACCAUUGCGAAGAGAAAGGGAUCGAAUGGCUACUACACUUCGGCCGACUACCAUGCGCUAUACGUGUCGGGCGAGUUGACCCCGACCGCGGUCGUAGAGAGACUUCUUCCUCUGGUUCGACGCGACACCCAACCUGCCGGCAAACACUCAACUGCAUUUCUCGAAUCUCAAGUAGAGAUAAUCCGGGCAGCUGCAGAGGCUUCAACCGAGCGAUACCAGAAGAGACAACCACUGGGCCCUCUCGACGGUAUUCCGGUUGCAGUCAAGGAUGAGGUCCAUAUCACUGGCUACAAGCGGACAUUGGGAACCAAAUUGGACUUCAAAGCUGGGAGCGAUGCUACUUCCUGGUGCGUGCAGCAAUGGCAGGAUGCGGGAGCUAUUGUCAUUGGAAAGACCACUAUGCAUGAAUUGGGUCUUGAUACUAACAACAACAAUCCUAACUUCGGUACUCCUCGUAACCCCCACAACAAGACCUACUAUUGCGGAGGAUCUUCGGGCGGCUCAGGAUACGCUGUUGGAGCCGGGCUGGUACCCAUCGCGCUCGGCGCAGAUGGCGGCGGCUCAAUUCGCAUUCCGUCCUCGUUCUGUGGCAUCUGGGGACUGAAAACGACCCACGGACGAGUAUCUGGGGCUCCGUCGAUGAGCCUCGCUCCCACCGUCGGUGUUCUGGGUCCCAUGGCAUCAAACAUUGAUGACCUCGCUCUCGCAUAUCGUAUCAUGGCAGCUCCAGCCCCAGAAUCGCAAGACCCAAUCUCUUCGCAAUUUCCCAAGCCCGUUCCAGCGCCAUCGGACCGCAAGCGUCCCAAGACGAUUGGAAUCAUGCGUGAAUGGAUAGAUCGAGCCGAAUCCCCCGUCCGCGCAGUCUUCGAUACAGCACUCGACUAUUACCGUCAAAACGGUUACCAGGUCAUCGACAUCACCAUCCCAUAUCUCCCCGAAGGCCAGCGCGCACACGUCUUGACAAUCAUGGCAGAGAUUGCAUCAGGUGUGGAUGCCCGCCAAAUUCGCCAACUCACAGCUCCAAACAAGGUCCUCGUCUCAAUGGGAAUGUACCAGAUCACUGCACAAGAUCUCCUCGCAGCUCAGCGCCUUCGCAAUCUCCUCAUGACACACCUUUCCCACCUAUUCCAGAAACACCCCGGUCUCAUGAUUCUCUCUCCUACCACCCCCAUCCCUGGAUGGCACAUUGAUGGCGGCGAGGCCGAUCUUUCGCGUGGCCUUUCGGACGGCAAGACCUCCGUGAGAAACAUGGAGUAUGUUUGGCUGGCUAAUUUUACUGGUUGUCCUUCUAUCAACUGUCCUGCCGGAUAUGCUCCUGAUAGCGGUGUACCGAUCGGCAUUAUGGCUAUGGGUGAAUGGGGAACAGAGGAAGAUUUGAUCGACUUUGCUAGAGAUGGAGAGGCUAUCUUAGAUUUACCAGCGGCCCAGCACCCAGCUGCCAGCGAGGAGGUUCUCGCUGCAAAAGGUCUGCGGACCCCAUCUGCUAAAGAGUCUACCUGGGAAGAUGUUAUUGCGAAGGCUAAGGAGGGACAAUCUACUUAA